UUCAUCUCUCCGCCAGCUCAUAUCACAAUCACAACAUAAAGUCCUCGGAAUUUAGAGAACAGCGUGCAACUUAACCUCCUCCCUUCUCCCUCCGCCCCCCCGCCACAUUAAGCUCAUCAGAGCAGCCAAAGUUCUCAACAUGUCAAACUUAUUUUCUGGAAUGUAGGUCAAGGUCCCCAUAUUCAUCUCAUACUUGGCCUGGCUGCGUUGCCUGCUUGUGUUGCUUCACUUUUCCUGCCCCUGUCUGCAUGGUGGUGCUGUCGAAAGAGGGGGACUUGUCUCUGAGGAACUUCAGAUGAGAAUCAUCAAAAACUAGUCUUUUCUGCCCUGAGAGCUCAAGGUUCGGUUGUGGCUUUGUCUGUUGCUCAGAUUCUGCCGUACGGGUGCCCCGUUGCUGUGGCCACUGUCUCUGUCGCGGUCGGCUGCUCUGCACUCGCUUGCCUCUCCAAAGUUGGAGGCAGAUCACAUGAAAGGUUAGCCAAGUUUACCUUCACGCUCCCCCUCUCUCUUUACGCUCUCUUCGCGUCCACUUAGUCCUCCCCCUUCCGAACGAGUCAGACACCCACCACGCUGAACUUUCUUUCUCCCACACACCCUGUCUUGCCCAAAGAGGCUAAAUGAUUGCACUGGUUUCAAAGGCUCUGUGCAUCUUCCACCAUGUCUGAAUCAGCAUGGCUUGAACGAGAUCAGUUGGCAUCCCCUGUGUUCUACUCCCAUACCACCAUCCUCAGCGCGUCUUUGUUCACCCGAUCUCACCUCUCCACUUUCGCAACUUUGCUAACCUGUCUUUUCUUACAGCAGUGGACGCUUUAGAGGUGGUGGUAAGAAUAGCGGUGCCAAAAUUGCAGGACCGCUUAAUGGAGGAGCACAGCCAACAUCACCAACAGGCACCUCGCAAGGCAGCGGAAGCGGAACGGGAAGCGUCUCCUCCUCUUCAACCAAUCUAGCUCCCAGAGUUCCCCCCAUUCCCAAUUCUCCCUCUCUCUCAUCAACGUUCUCAAUGGACACCGCCGGCGGCAACUUCCCUAGCAGGAGUGACCCCAAUGACCCACUCGCUUGCUAUAACCUCCCACGCCCAAAGCCCCUAUGGUUGAAUGAUAGCUACUCCAAGCACAUUGUCAAGGGAAAUUUUAUGACUCUGUCCGCUCGACCCAAGACCGUUGAACGAGGAGAGUGGAUUGCUCAUCAAGGUUCGAGGAUCUAAUUCCUACCAUUUCUCGUCAUCAGCUGACCUGUCAUAAAAGUCGUGGAGCAUUACCGCAACCUAUGGAACUUUGUCCGUGUGGUUCACGAUAAGGAUGAGAAAGAUGGCAUGUCGAUUUGCAAUCCCCAAACUUGCCCUCGAAUGUCGGCUGGCGAGUGAGUGAAAGUCUUAAAAAUACAAAAAUCGUGCUAAACUAACAAUUCUUUCAGCAAUCACUCGUUCACGUGGUUGAAUAGCGCACGAGAGCCAGUUGAAGUCCCCGCUUACGAGUACAUUUCUCUCAUGCAAAGAUGGAUCUCCGGAAAAAUUGACAAUACCGACCUCUUCCCUACUGAUCCGGCCGGCGUCUCCUUUUCCCAAAACCCCAAUGGACCUGCAAUUAGCAGUGCUACAUAUGCCUCUGGUGGACUUGAUACCCCUGGCUCGAACACAUCAAUCCCAGCUGGCCCAACCACCUUGAACGCCUCUCUCUCCCAGCUCGCUGGUCAAGGUGACUGGAUCGGCAAGAGCAGUGGAUUUCCACAAGAAUUUCAAGACGUCUGUCAGACAAUCUUCCGCCAAAUGCUCCGUGUUUACUCUCAUCUCUACUGGUCUCACUUUAUUGAGCCAUUCUAUCACCUGAGCCUUGAGAAGCCAUUGAACAGUUGUUUCAGUCAUUUCAUUCUCACCGCCACCGAGAUUGAGAUGUUGAAGCCACAGGAGCUUGAGCCAAUGCAGCCAUUGAUCGAUCUGUGGGCCGCCAAUGGAACUUUCCCAAAGGAGUCAAGAGCAUAUGCCUGCGCAAAUCUCAAGGCUGGCGAGCGUUUACUUCAGCUUGCCGGAACUACAUAGCUGAUCAUUCUGUAUUUGGAUUGUUUUGCAUGAUAAUCUCAUCAGGUUGGAGUUAUGACUGACGAUGGCAGUGGAACGGAGGGGAUGUUUCUCAGAAUUGUCAUUUGGGAUGAGAUUAUGGAUUCAAUAAGUUCUUGCAUGAUUCGGGAAAGCGAUAUCGCCUUGUUUUUUGAAGGAUUUACCUGGCGUUUUUUCUUUUUUCCAAAUAAGGGACAGAUUUCCACAGUUUUCGUUCGCAAGCAUAGAGAGAUGAUUAUGAGGUCUUGAGCAUGGUUCAGCGUGUCUUCGAGUCAAUUGAAAAAGAAAAAAAUUCGCCAAAAACAC